UAAGGAAUCGUUUGCCACAGUUCCGGCCGGCCGAGUCACUCUCACACGCACAGCUCAGCUCAGCUCACAAGUCACAACACACACGCGACCAAGUGAGCGGCUAUGGCGACGGGAAUGCCGGAGUGCUCCCCGGCCUUGCUGCUGGCUGCCGGCCUCGCCGUGCUAGCGAUCGGCUCGUACCUUGCCGCCAUCGUUGUCGGCCGCGGCGCCGCGCGGUACCCGCCUGUGGCCGGAACGGUGUUCCACCAGGUAUACCACCUCCGGCGGCUGCACGACUACUACACGGACCUGUUCCGCGAGCACGCGACGUUCCGGCUGCUCGCGCCGGGCCGGAGGCAGAUUUACACCUCCGACACGGCGGUGGUCGAGCACAUCCUCAGGACCAACUUCGCCAACUACGGCAAGGGCGCGUCUCACUACGACAAGACGAGCGAUCUCUUCGGAGACGGCAUCUUCACGGCCGACGGCGACAAGUGGAGGCAGCAGAGGAAGAUCGCCAGCUACGACUUCUCCACGAGGGCCCUCCGGGACUUCAGCGGCGGCGUCUUCAACAGGGACGCCGCCAAGCUCGCGCACAUCGUCUCCGGCAACGCAGCCGCGAAGCAACCCAUGGACUUUCAGGACCAUCCCGCGAAGCCGAUACGUGUAUAUUUGACUGGUUUCUUGGAUCAGGAGUUGCUGAUGAAAGCGACGAUGGACUCCAUCUUCACCAUCGCCGUCGGCGUGGACCUCGACACGCUGUCGGGGUCGGACGAGGGGAGCCGCUUCGCCGCGGCGUUGGACGACGCCAGCGAGUUCACCCUGCUCCGUUUCGUCAACGCCUUCUGGAAGGUGUCGAGGUUCCUCAACGUCGGCGCCGAGGCGGCGCUCAGGCGCAGGAUUGAGGUCGUCGACGAGUUCAUGUACAAGCGCAUCCGUGCCAGGGCGGACGAGAUAUCGGACGACGGCGAGGCACACGACACUGUGUCCAAGGAUGAUCUGCUGUCGAGGUUCAUACAGGCAAGCACCCGCGACGCCGGCGAGGUGGACUACAAGCACCUGAGAGACAUGAUACUGAACAUAGUCAUGGCCGGCAAGGACACGACCGCCGGAGCGCUUGCCUGGUUCCUGUACAUGAUGUGCAAGCACCCGGAGGUCCAGGAGAGGAUAAGCGAGGAGGCUGCCGACGCCGGCGAGGCCACGUCAUCGAUCGACGACUUCUCCCGGAGCCUCACCGACGAGGCGCUCAACAAGAUGCACUACCUGCACGCCGCCCUGACGGAGACGCUCCGGCUGUACCCUUCGCUCCCGCUGUUCUUCAAACAGCUUGCGCACAGAGGACUGACAGUUCUCGGCAGCGAACGGCGGCGGUUCUUGGAGCUGAGCAAGGCCAUAGCUUCGUCCCGGCCACGCCCUACCGAGCCCCUGCUCCCUGCCCUGAAGAACGACACCAUGGACGCCACCAAGCUUCGGCCACGCAUCCCCUCGGCCAUGGCUAGCCCAACACCGUCCACGCGCGUCACAGAAGCAGGAAGCGAGGGGGGCAGUGGCACGGUCUUCCCUGGCCUAAGAAGGCCAACACAACGGCUUACGGUGUGGUGGCGAGAGCAGGCCAUGGCGGGGCCAUCUGUCGCUGCGGCGAGCGCUGCUGCCGAGCCGUGGCCGCCUAUGCUCGGCAACCGUUGGGCGAGCGGGCGCAGUGUAAGGAGGAGGCGCCAGGGAGAGAGAAGGAGAAGGGGAAAGGGGACGUGGCUGCCGGAGGUGGGCUCACCGGCGGCGCGCCCGGCCGGGGGAGUCAGCAGACCAUGCGCGAGGUGGUGGCGCUCGGCUGGGGAUAACAAGGAGUGCUUUUCCGACGACGUUUUGCCCAACGGCCUCAGCGUCGGCAAGGGAGACAUCGUGUUCUACGCCCCCUACGCCAUGGGCAGGAUGGAGCGGCUGUGGGGCGAGGACGCCAUUGCCUUCCGACCCGAAAGAUGGCUCGACGAGCGCGGCGAGUUCCUGCCGGAGAGCCCUUUCAAGUUCACGGCUUUCCAGGCUGGUCCAAGGAUCUGCUUAGGAAAGGAAUUCGCGUACAGGGAGAUGAAGAUCUUCGCGGCCGUGCUGCUCCGCUUCUUCGUGCUCGCGUUGCAUGACAAGGAUGCCAGCGUCAACUACAGGACCAUGAUCACGCUCUACAUCGAUCAGGGUCUCCAUCUGACGGCUACGGCCAGAGGCAUCGUGUAGCCACCUUUGUACUCAAGAUACGCGUACGUACAUGAUUGAAUAUCUCUUCUUCUUUUUUUGAGACUCGCGAUUGAAUGUCUCAAGUAUUGAAUCUUAGCCCGGACAUGGAAGUGGCUCCGUCUGAACAUAUAUUUUGUGAACUACCUUUUUUUUCA